UUUUACAAGAAGAAAGAAGGGAUCAACUCCAAACACCCCAACCGACCCCAUGACAAAGAAUCCCAGUUCCCAAACACGAAACACCACCUAGCAGCAGGCAGCCGUCCGGCGAUUGGUAAACUCCGUCAAUUGCGCCGCCGUGUGAACUAUUUCCUUUUGCAAUUUACCCUAAUGUCCUCAAAACUCCCCUUCGCACUCCGAUUCACCAAUGUUUUCCGAUCACUUCUUCUUUCUUCCUGCAAACAACAGCAACAACAGGUUCUCAGUCUCAGCCACCAUUGUACUAAUAAUACAAGCACUUAUUGUUUCUCAUCUGCAGCAGAUGCAGAAGAAGAUAAACUUCAUGAUGACUUGAAAGCUGCAGAAAAGCAUACAGCUCUUCACUCAGCCCUAUCAGAGCUUGCAGGAGCUUUUGAUGGGGAGUCUAUGGUGUUCUUGCAGCGCUUUUUUCGUGCAAGAGUGAAACCUGUAAUAUCCACCGGUUCUUUAAAGCUAGAUCUUGCUCUUGGCAUUGGAGGAUUACCAAAGGGAAGAAUUGUUGAAAUUUAUGGGCACGAGGGAUCAGGCAAGACAACACUUGCUUUAAAUGUAAUCAGGGAAGCUCAGAAGCUUGGAGGUUAUUGUGCAUAUCUGGAUGUGGAGAACGCGCUCGACCCUAAGCUGCUUGAAAUAAUUGGUGUAAAUACCAAAAGUCUUCUCAUCUCACAGCCAAAUUCUGCUGAAAAUGUGCUGAGUAUUGUUGAUACUCUCACAAAAAGUGGAGCAGUUGAUGUGAUUGUCGUCGACAGUGUUGCUGCACUUAUCCCCCAAAGUGAAAUCGCAGGCUUAAUAAGUGACAAUAUUGUUGAGACGCAAUCAAAAAUAAUGACACAAGCACUCCGCAAGAUUCAUUUUUCAUUAUGUCGGUCAGAGACUCUUAUUAUAUUUAUAAACCAGGUGAGAUCAAAUUUAAAAUCUCGUCAAGAGGGACUUAAAAACGUAAGCGAGGUAACUUGUGGUGGAAAUGCUUUGCCGUUUUACUCCGCUGUUCGUAUGAGAAUUGCUAGAAAAGGAUUGCUCAAGUCUCUGGAAAAGGUUACGGGUCUUGGAAUAUGUGUAGAGGUGAUGAAGAACAAAUUAGCACCAACAAUGAGAAAGGCGGAAUUGGAGAUUGAAUUUGGGAAAGGCAUAUCUCGUGCAUCCGAGAUCCUAGAAUUGGCUUGUGAACACGGGGUUGUUCUAAAGGAAGGAAAUUGUUACUUUAUAGAUGGAGAGGUUUUGAACAGUAAAAUACAAGCAGAAACUUAUUUGAUUCAAAACGAACGGAUCUGUGAUAAGUUGGUUAAAUCUCUAAGAAGACAGUUGUUUCGUGUUGAUGAAGAUUCUGAUUCAUGAUCCUAACCAAAGAGGUUGGUAUCCUUCUAGCCUUUUUAACAUUUCUGAAAAUAAUGUAUCUGUUGAACAGUUAUAGUGCAUGGAAACAUUAGUUGGUUAGUGUACUUUGGAAAAGUUAUAAAAAAAAAAAAAACAGUCGUCGUUAUGUGACUCAAAAA